ACAUUGAGCCGUAAUGGCUAAGACUGUGGCAUGUUUUUGCGAGCUCCAUUUGGGUGAGAGGAAAAUGGAGAACCUGCUUGGGUAUAUUGAGUAAAGUUGUUUGAUUUUUUUAUAUAAGGAGGGAAAAGUGCUGCUUUUCUUUAUCUCGUUUUAAUUCGGACUUAAAUUAUACCGUCAUUUAUUGCUAUCUUUAGCAUACUUUACAAGUAUUGCAAACUAUUUGCCGGUGACGGAUUGCGAGAUCAUCCGCCACAGCACGAUUUGUUUUCUCUGACGUUGUUUGGUAAAUGUAUGUUAGAUGUUUUGGUUUUUGUUUUAAUUUCGAUUUGACGUCACAGGCCUCAGGGACUAUGACACCGAUUUCUUGAUCAGAAUAACGCAAUAGCUCCCUCUGUUGAAAUGAAACUAGCUUUUUGAGAUAAUAUCCCCCACUAUACCAGCUUGUUAGAAUUAUAACUCAAACGUUUUGAGUGUAAUUAUAACAUCCCAUUCUAAUAUAAAGGGUACUUCGUAUCCUAAUAUAAAAAUACAUGAAAUAGGUUCAUACUUGCAAGUUCAAAUAAGAAGUGUAAACUCUAACUUAAUAUAUUACUUAUCUAUAUUGCUGCCCUGUAUCUAGAUUAUAUAUAAUUUUUUUUCAAUAUAACUACAUUUUAAAUAUCAGUUUACAGUCGUUGUUUUUGCGCAUGUCCGACUAGAUGUUUGUAGUCUUUUAAGUUCAAGUAAAACUACAUUUCCCACCAUUCAUUUCUCGAAACGUUUGUUUCCGUUCAGAUUGGCUGAUUCUGAAGGUCAAAGUUGAACAGACAUAUUUUUCAAGCCUUUGCGGUAAACAUCAUUAAAGUUCACGGCUUUAGUAGCCAGUACAGCUUUGUAAUGGACUUGUAAUUGUAUAAUUUAAGACCGAUUUGUGAUUAAGCGUUUAAUUUGUUCCGUAUGUUUGUGAUACGUUCGAGCAGAAGACGCGCUUGUUGUUUGGCUGUGUUGGAUAAGACCUGCAGAAUCACUAUGACAGCUGCGUGAUAGCACUCUUAUAUGGAGGACACGUUAAAGACUGCCAGUUGAUUUGGUAUAGUAUGAUUUCGAUCCAGGCGACGCGAUAAACCAGCAUUUAGUAUGGCAGCGCUACUUUUGCAGCGCGGAAGCAAAUGUUACGACAAACGGGUUUGGUCGUUAUCGUCUCGUUUUAGCUGUUUUCAAACCUGCAGAAAACUCCUGGAGAGCAACGUGACUUCAUACUUUCCUCUAGUGACUCCAAACAAGCGAGGUCUAAAAUCAGGACACGUUCAGAACAUUUUGACAAAGCCUUUAAUCCCAAGGCUUAUUGGACUUGAAUUCCAUUGUCGCCACACAUUGGUAACAAAUCCUGUGAAACUUUGGAAACUAUUAGGCACUACUCACUAUUUCAGCACAUCCAAGAGAAGACAUGAAAAAAAGGAAGGUGGAAAAGGGAAGACUCCAGAGGAAGAUGAAGAAGAGAAAAAAAGACGAGAGCAGGAGGACCAAAUGUAUAGGGAACGGCUGCGCACGCUCUUUAUUAUCGCCGUCAUCAUGAGCUUGCUCAACUCCAUCAACACCAGUGGGGGGAACAUAUCCUGGAAUGAUUUUGUAAAUGAAAUGUUGGCCAAAGGGGAGGUGUCACGAGUACAGGUGGUUCCAGAAAGUGACAUCGUGGAGAUCUACCUUCACCCCGGAGCAGUCAUCUUCGGCAGGCCCAGACUUGCCCUGAUGUACCGCAUGCAGGUGGCCAACAUUGACAAGUUUGAGGAGAAGCUUAGAGCAGCAGAGGAAGAGCUGAAUAUAGAUACCAGAGACAGAAUCCCAGUGACCUACAAGCGCACAGGCUUCUUUGGGAAUGCUCUUUAUGCACUCGGUAUGGCUGCCAUUGGGGUUGCAAUUCUCUGGUACAUCUUCCGACUGGCAGGAAUGGGUGGGAGAGACGGCGGCUUUAGCACUUUUAAUCAAUUGAAAAUGGCUAAAUUCACUAUCGUCGACGGGAAAUCCGGGAAAGGCGUGAGCUUCAAAGAUGUGGCGGGAAUGCACGAGGCCAAGAUGGAAGUCAAAGAAUUUGUGGACUAUCUAAAGAAUCCAGAUAGAUACCUGCAGCUUGGGGCCAAGGUACCUAAGGGCUCUCUGCUCCUGGGGCCCCCCGGCUGUGGUAAAACUCUACUGGCUAAGGCGGUGGCAACAGAAGCGCAGGUGCCCUUCCUUGCCAUGGCAGGGUCAGAGUUUGUGGAGGUGAUCGGAGGCCUUGGUGCCGCAAGAGUGCGAAGUCUUUUCAAAGAGGCCCGCGCCCGAGCGCCGUGCAUCGUCUACAUCGAUGAGAUUGAUGCUGUCGGGAAGAAACGGUCCACAAACAUGUCUGGUUUCUCAAACACAGAGGAAGAGCAGACCCUCAACCAGCUACUUGUGGAGAUGGACGGAAUGGGUACCACAGAUCAUGUGAUUGUCUUGGCCUCCACUAACCGGGCAGACAUUCUGGACAAUGCACUUAUGAGACCUGGCAGACUUGACAGGCACAUAUUUAUAGACCUGCCAACUCUUCAGGAGAGAAAGGAAAUCUUCGAGCAGCACCUGAAGAUCCUGAAGCUUACUCAGCCAGCAGACUUCUACUCUCAGCGUCUGGCGGAGUUGACACCGGGCUUCAGUGGGGCUGACAUCGCCAACAUCUGUAACGAAGCUGCCCUUCACGCUGCCAGAGAGGGCUACAAGUCUAUUGACACCUUUAACUUUGAAUACGCUGUGGAGAGAGUCAUCGCAGGGAGUGUGAAGAAGAGUAAAAUCUUAUCUAAAGAAGAGCAGAGGGUGGUGGCUUUUCAUGAGUCUGGUCACGCUUUAGUGGGAUGGCUGCUAGAACACACCGAAGCUGUCAUGAAGGUUUCGAUCGCUCCCAGAACAAAUGCUGCUUUGGGCUUUGCUCAGAUCCUGCCGAAGGAUCAGUAUUUAUUUACUAAAGAGCAGCUGUUUGAGAGGAUGUGCAUGGCUUUGGGUGGACGAGCCUCUGAAGCCAUCACAUUCAAUAAGGUCACCACAGGUGCUCAGGAUGACCUGAGGAAGGUGACCCGCGUGGCGUACUCCAUGGUGAAGCAAUAUGGCAUGGUUGCCAGUGUGGGCCAGGUGUCCUUCCCAGAUUCUGAAGAUCGGGGUGGUAUUGGACGGAGACCAUUCAGCCAAGGACUCCAACAGCAAAUGGACCAUGAAGCUAAGAUGCUAAUAGCAAAGGCCUACAGGCACACAGAGAAAUUGCUUUUGGACAACAGAGACAAACUUAUUUUGCUGGCUAAUACCCUGCUGGAGAGGGAGGUGGUCAACUACGAUGACAUCGAAGCUUUGCUGGGACCUCCUCCGUUUGGACCCAAAAAGAUGAUUGCCCCCCAAAGCUGGGUGGAGGCCGAAAGAGACAAGCAGGACAGCGGUGAAGAUGAGCCAAACAGACCCCAGAGGCCCCUUCGCAAGGACAAAGAUGAUGAGAUCAACCUGAGUCCGGCGUGAGCUCCGUAAUUUAAUUAAUGGGCGGCACGUGGAAGUUUAGUGGAGGGACUGCCUUGAAAAGAUCGGUCCGAUUUUCAAAACGAUGCUUUUAAGGGAAAAAAUGCUGUUACAGCUCCGAUUGACUGAAAAAUAACGGCAAGGUAUGUGCUUGGUUUAGGCUGAUCAUUGACCGGUAAUUAUAUUUCAAAUGCCUUUAGGACAAAUUACAAGCAUCAAUCAAGCUUUAAAGAGGAAAAGUGUUUUUUCCUUCAAUAAGGUAGCUCUCUUUUAAAGAGUAGUAGAAGUUUUUAAAACGGUAGUUAUAUAUAUUUUUUGAGUUUCUUUCUGGACCAUACUGAUCAGCUCAUAGUUGCCUAAGAAACUGGUUUGUUAGACCAGAAGAGCAUUGCCAGUGGUAUAUCUGAAGUCAUCUUGUGAUAUUCUGCACCGUAUGCAAUAAAUGAAUCAAAAAUUGUGUUAAA